CUUCGCUUGAAAUUAGCAAGAAAUAAUUUCUAUUUCUUUUCGUGGAACUGAAAGUCAAGAUGAAAUUCUUCACGAUUAUCCCCGCCAUAGUUUCAGUGGCUAAUGCCCAUUAUGUCUUUCCCUCACUGAUCGCCAACGGUGCAACAACAGGAGAGUGGACGAAUGUGCGUCAGUGGACAGGGUAUUACUCGAAUGGACCGGUCACGGAUGUGAACUCCCUAAGCAUCCGCUGCAAUGUUGAUGCAUCAACGAAAUCGGCGAAGACUUUGACCGUUGCUGCUGGUUCGACGCUCGGCUUCACAGCCAAAGCAAGCAUCUCGCAUCCCGGAUUGAUGCAGUUCUACAUGGCGAAGGUACCGGCUGGAAAAACGGCGGAUACCUGGGACGGAAGUGGCAGUGUUUGGUUCAAGGUGUUCAAUGAUAUGCCAGGUCUUGGCGCGAGUAUGACUUGGCCUACUCAAGGCAAAACGUCCGCGUCAUUCACUCUCCCGAGAUCUCUACCGAAUGGCGAAUAUCUGGUUCGAGCGGAACACAUUGCUUUGCACUCCGCUUCGAGUGCUGGAGGUGCUCAAUUCUAUAUCUCGUGUGCGCAGAUAAAUGUUACUGGUGGCGGGUCGGGAACACCAGGACCUUUGGUUGCGUUCCCAGGUGCUUAUAAGGCGACGGAUCCGGGAAUCAUGAUCAAUAUUUACUAUCCAGUGCCGACGUCAUAUACCCCUCCUGGACCACCGGCUUGGACUGGUUGA